AUGCAGACAAAUUCAAUCCGCGCACGCGUUGGUGGCAGGCCGGAGACGUUUUGCUCCACGUCCCCGUUGUUAUGCUCAGAGAAGCGGCGAGACGAAGGACAACACGAACGACGAUUGCAGCAGCCACAACAGAUGACGAGGGUCGAGCGACAAGCCACCGUGACGGGGCGGCAGAGGUUGCUUUCCCCAUCGCUUUAUCAUGAGACGCCCUGCGCUCUGCAAAACUCUGCGCUGGUGGCUGCACCAUCAGCCAUCGCCCUUAUUCCCUCCAGCGAAGAAAAAGUGCCGGUGGUGUCCCCGAGUGUGGAGAGGCAUGAAGUUUGUGAAGUGACCGAGGACGCGGUGCAGCGUCUUAUUGAGGCCCUUUCAACCUCCUCGUGGUCCUCCAGCGAAGACUCUGACGAGAUCAUGUAA